AUGGAACGGUUGCCAAGUUCUAGGAUUGCACAAAAGCACAAUGCUAAAGAUUCACACAAACAUACUUGGAACGAUCCAGAACAUGUGGGUAAGUUUAUGCUUCUAUUCAUGUACAUGUUCCUGAUGGUAGGGUUUGCUGCUUCAAUACUGUACUUUAUAUAUAUGGUGCGAAUAGAUGUGGACUAUCGUCUACAACAGAGAAACAUUCAGAAUAUAUACAAUUAUGAGCAAUGCAAACGACUUUACGAUGAAAACGAGUGUUCUCCGGAGUCCCGAGUUCCAGCAUUGGAGGCUCUUUGUGAGAAAUGGCUGUCCUGUGCGAAAGAAGCAUCCAUAGACAUUGGAUCCGUUAAUAAUUCUGCAAAGCUUUGGGCUCAAACAGUAGGAGAAGUCAUCAACGAAUUCAUGGAUACAAUUACACUGCGGUCCUUGGUAUUCAUAUUGUUAAUAUUAUCAGCAUCAAUAUCCUUGAUGAGAUAUUCUUAUGGAUCGUAUCAAGUUUACUACUACGGGAAAGAGCAUCUAGACUAA